AUGUCUUCUUCACAGGCUUCCACCUCGGCCUCGACGCUCAACUCGAGUUUCCUUCGCCGCCACCCUGCUAGCUUGAUACCCAAGCUCGUCCACAACCCCGCCAUCACCGACCUCAUCAAGAGCCCAGUGACGCGCGAGAUGGUCGUCUACCUCGCCAACCAGGCUGCCCACGUCAUCCAGUGCGGCUCCACACAGUCCCCGGACUCGCCGCCUGCCACCCCCACCCGCUCCAUCGCCUCGGCCGAGGCCGACCCGGCGGGCAAGCUUGAGAUCAACGGUCUGCCCAGCCUCGAGACCUUCAUCGCCCUGCUGGUCGAGAGGUCCAACGUGCAGGUGCCGACGCUCCUCUGCACGCUCGUCUACCUCGACCGCCUGAGGUCAAGGCUUCCCCGCGUUGCCAAGGGCAUGCACUGCACGCGCCACCGCGUCUUCCUCGCCACGCUCAUCGUCGCCGCAAAGUACCUCAACGACUCGUCGCCCAAGAACAAGCACUGGAACAAGUACGCCGCGCUCUUCUCUCAGGCCGAGGUGAACCUCAUGGAGAAGCAGCUCCUCUAUCUUCUCGACUACGAUCUUCGCAUCGAGGAGGACGAGCUCAUGGUCCACUUUGCUCCCUUCUUCCGCCGUGUCGAGACCCGCUCCGAGGCUGGCCGCCGCGAGAUGCACCUCCGCGGUCUCGAGUGCGGCCGCGAGCGCGAGCGCUACGUCCGCGCAAGCGAGCGUCGCGUCCACCUGCGCAACCUGCCCGCUUCCGAGGUGCCCUGCUGGAACCAGAAGAGCGAGCCGAGCCGAUACGAGCAGCACCGCCGCUCGGCCGCCUACGACUCGCCCGACUCGUUGGACGCCUCUCCGAAGGAGAUGUACGCCCAGCAGUCUUCGUCGCUCAUGAGCCGACAAGACUCGGUCGAGUCCAACGCGAGCUCGACGUCGUCGGAAGCCGAGCUGACCGACGACAACGGCUCGUCGUCGUCUUCGGCCGAAGACUACGACGACUACGAGGACGACUACCUGGAGCAGGAGGGCCUCGACGCGCGCAUGCAGCAGCAUUCGGUGUCGGGACUCCCCUCGAGCCGCUCGCACCCGGUCAUGGUGGUGCAGAACGAGGAGCUCGAGGCACACAAGCCCGGCUCGGCCAUGCACCGCUACCUCUCGCAGGCGGUGCCUUCGAGUCUCAAGAAGAGCACCUCUUCGCAGAUCAACAUGCAGCAACCCAGCCAGGCGCACAUCCCCGUCUCGCAUUCGAUGCGCAGCGUGCGAAGCAGCUCCAACUUGCUCUCCAGGAUGCUCGGCGGUCACCAGUCGUCGGCGGCCUACUGA